UGAGUCAAUCAGAAGUCAUAAACUUGUCCUACUGCCGCAAACCCAGAGAUUGGGUAACUCCGCUGUUUAACCCAUACAACGCCGAAAAAGGGGAACCCAAUACCUACCGACGCAGAGACAGGAACGGGACUUGGGGCAAAUCUCUGUAAGAACACGGAGAACAGGAUUCCCCACUUUGAGCCGAUCGGCACGAGGCGCACAGGCGGCCCACUGUAGUCUGCGGAGGAGAGGAACACAGACGUCCAGUGACAGAGCGGGAGAUGAACGCUGCCAUGCCCUGGCUCGCUGCCCUCACCCUGCUGGUCCUCGCCGCCCGCCCCGGGGCCGGCUUUCUCCUGCCCGACUCCUCCGAGCUGCGGCGGCUGCUGAGCCGGUACCUGGACGGGGCGGACCAGAACCGCACCGGCAGGGCCCGGCGAGCCAUCCAGUGGUCCGACCGCGAGGAGAUCGUCCAGCUGCAUAACAAACUGAGGGGCGAGGUGCAGCCCAGUGCCUCCAACAUGGAACACAUGGUGUGGGAUGAAGAUCUGGAGGCUUCGGCCAUGACCUGGGCGCAGGAGUGCAAGUGGGAGCACGGGCCCUCGGACCUGCUCAUGUCUAUUGGACAGAACCUGGCAGUGCACUGGGGCAAGUACCGCUCCCCGGCCUACCACAUCCAGGCCUGGUACGACGAGGCCAAGGACUACACCUACCCGUACCCCGAGGAGUGCAGCCCCUGGUGUCCCGACCGCUGCACCGGGCCCAUGUGCACGCACUACACCCAGCUGGUGUGGGCCACCACUACUAGAGUGGGGUGUGCGGUGCACGUGUGUCCCAAGAUGGAUGUCUGGGGUGAUGUUUGGGAGAACCCGGCCUACUUGGUCUGCAACUAUUCCCCGAAGGGGAACUGGAUUGGAGAGGCCCCCUACCAACAUGGUCGUCCUUGUUCCCAGUGUCCACCUAGUUACGGAGGUGGCUGCAGGGAAAACCUCUGCUUCAAUGAAAGCCCCGUGGCACCGCGCCGCCCUGAGACUGAAGAUAUGAACGAGGUGGAGAUGGCUCAGGUUCCAGUGCAGCCCCACACCACCACCACAAAACCGUCCCCCAAACCAAAGGCCAAGCCUAGAGCUAGGCAGCCCUCGGGGCCCAAAGCCAGCACACCCCAGCCUGCUGACAGCGCCUUCCUUGCUCAGAAUGUUAAGUGUCAAACCAGAAUGCGUGACAGGUGCAAAGGAGCAACAUGCAACAGAUAUAACUGCCCCGCUAACUGUCUGAACCAGAAGGGCAGAGUGUGGGGGACUGCCUUUUAUGAUGUGCAAUCAAGCAUCUGCCGUGCUGCAAUCCACUAUGGGGUAAUCGAUAACAAUGGCGGUCUGGUAGACAUCACAAGGAAAGAAAGGCUCCCAUUCUUCAUCAAAGCAACGAAAAAUGGGAUUGAAUCCUUAAGUAAAUUCAAGCCUGGAAAUGCAUUUAUCGUGGCAAAAAUGGAAGAACGGACUGUGGACUGCUAUGCCACUGUGGCUGAAAUUUGCCCCUUUGAGAAGCCAAGUGUCAACUGCCCAAGAGUGCUCUGUCCUGACGACUGCAAGAAUCAGCCGUCUGACUGGGCUCCUGUUGUGGGAAACGUCUUCUACUCAGACAGCUCCAGUAUCUGCCGGGCAGCCAUCCAUGCCGGGGUGAUCAAAGCCAGCGGGGGCUAUGUGGAUGUCCUGGCCCUGGAUAAAAAGAAGGGCUAUGUGGGCACACUGAAGAAUGGAAUCCAGUCAGAGAGUAAGAGCAGUCCAGAGGGAGGCUCCUUCCGUGUCUUUGCUGUGAGGGAGUAAGGCGUUUUUUUCACCAGCCGACCCGGGGACGUGGGAGAACUGCCCAAAAAACAGGAAUUCCCCAAAUGAUGGUGCCACGGCAACCGCUCAGAUCCAUCUCACCCGCUCUCAGUCAAGGGUCACGUUGUUUUCCUUCAGCACACGGCACAUACCUACCCAUUAUGAGCCAAUGAAAAGGUUAUUAUUGACAUGGUUUGCCCAAUCAGGAGAGGGUGUGCUUGACGAGAAAAGCCCAAAGACAUUCAAAGCUGAACAUCACAGUUAUCUCAUCCACUAAUCAUCAAUAGAUCAAUAGCGAGUAGUCUACGAUGCAGGAGGAAAUGGUAGUUUUGCUUCUUGUGUAUAACCUACAGUUGUUGCUAUUUGUGUUCAUGAGUAAGAAUUUAAAAUUCUAUAUAUUAUCAAUGACGUAUUUAACAGCAGUGCUGAUUAUAUCCGUCUUGAAAUGUAGGCUAAAAUUAAAUGCUUCUUAUUUUAUGUCUUUAAUACACAGGAACGUACUGUAUAUUGAUCACACUUGUGCUUAAUCAUUUUGUACAUAUUCAAUUUGCUACUUUUUCAAUGGCUGAUGCCAAUGCCCUUUUAAUAUUCUAUGUGUUUUUGAAGCUGUUUUCUGCUUCAGUUUUGAUUUAAGCUUCUCUUACUUUUUAUUUAAUGGCAGACAGAUCAUGGUCUUUAAACGGCAGUGUGUGCAAGAGAGAUCUAAUUGGGUUUAUUCUGUUGUGUUCAAUAGCAGACAAACUAAUACAGAAAUUUACCAGGCAGAGUAGAGGUGGAAUUCCUCUACUGUGACUAAAUGUAGCUAGUACACAGGUAUGCUGGUGUGUAUUCAAGUAUCAAUAUUCUGCAGACUUUGGGUGCAAAAACUUUUCUGCUCUGGAAAAUUAGAGGAUUGUUGUUCAUUUAUGAGCUUAAUCAUUAUUUUACAUAAUGUUGGUAUCAUCCAAAUUAACGUAAGUCCACACUAUUAAUGUUCAUUAUGUAUCAGAAUUAGCCUGCAUGUAGAUAACAUUCUCUUAAUUUAAGCCCAUUACAGUACAUCCCCCACAAAGGGACCUUCGUUUAAUUUACUAUACAAAUUAUCAUGAACUAUAUUGUUUUCUGAUACUCAUACCUCACAUUCUGGACAAAUCUCUGAAUGUAUGUCAUACUCAAUCCAGCAUAAAGAGCUAAGGGCUUUUUAUUUGCAACUUCAGUUACAGUUCAUGCUUUUGAAAACAAUGAGGGAAAUAAAAACAGUGCCCAAUGUGGAUCAAUUUAAAUCACUCGCACACAGCAAAUAAAUCCAAUGGUACUUAUCCAAUAGGCAUAAUGCUGAGCAAGUUAUAUGCAGGAGGCCAAGGUCAGUGAAUUCUGAAAAUCUGAAUUUUCUGUAUUUAUUUGCCUUAGCCCUUUUUGCCAGAAACAAGAGUUGAAAUUGGGGGAAAAAAAAUCAUUUAUAUUACAUUAUCUUUCAUUCCUCUAGGCUAGAAUUGUGGUAGAGACUAGUUAACUUUCCCCUUCUGCUCCUUUAAUGACUACCUCAGUCCUUUUUGCUGUGUCCAGUUUAAACUGCUUGGGGAAUCUGGGAGAAAACUUCAUUCACUCUUUUGUACAGCUGCUGAAAUCUGCAUUGUGUAAAUACUCUAAAGGUCUUUUUUAUUAUAUAAGUCUUUUCUUAAGGUAUCUGUUGUAAAUGUGUCUGUUGUGAAAGUGCCUUAUAAUGUGUGAUGUGUUGUUUUUAUACAGAUGGCUAAGCUUUUAUUUUAUUUUUUAUUAAGUUUGCACAGUUU